AUGGCGUCCGCACUUUUGAAGCAGAGCGCUGUCCGCUCCGCCCUUCGCUCCGCCAAUGCUCCCAUGAAGCGUGCUGCAUUCGCCAGCACCACCUUCACUCGCAGCAAGGUCACUCUUCCUGACCUCGCCUACGACUAUGGCGCCCUCGAGCCCGCCAUUUCCGGCCAAAUCAUGGAGCUCCACCACGACAAGCACCACCGCACCUACGUCAACUCGUACAAUGCCCAGCAGGAGAAGAUGGAGGAGGCGCAGAGCAAAGGCGACAUCACCACCCAAAUCGCGCUCCAGCCCUUGAUCAACUUCCACGGAGGCGGUCACACCAACCACACCCUCUUCUGGGAGAACCUCGCGCCCAAGUCCAACGGCGGCGGUGCUCCCCCGACCGGCGCUCUCGCCAAAUCCAUCGACUCGCACUACGGCUCUCUGUCCGCUCUGCAGGAGAAGUUCAACACCGCGCUCGCCGGCAUCCAGGGCUCCGGCUGGGCUUGGCUCGUCCAGGAUGUGCAGACCGGUGCCAUCUCCAUCCGCACCUACGCCAACCAGGACCCGGUGGUAGGCCAGUUCCGCCCGCUCUUGGGAAUCGACGCGUGGGAGCAUGCGUACUACCUGCAGUACCAGAACCGCAAGGCGGAGUACUUUGGCGCGAUCUGGGAGGUCAUCAACUGGAAGGCGGCGGAGAAGCGAUUCAAGUGA